AUGAGAUCAGUAGGUUGUCACGAGUGCGUAGGAUUUUACGGAUCUCAAUUUGGAUGUCGUUUGACUAUCGAACGGAUUUCGCAUAUUGUGCGUUAUUCGGGUUCGAUAAGUUCUAACCGUUGGAUCGAAUUCGUGGAUCGUGAAUCGGAGCCCCGGAUGUUCCGAUUCAAUAAUUCAAAGUUUGUGGGAUUAACGAUAACCGUAGGAUGGGAAGCGAUUCCCAAACUUGUAACGGACUUUAGGAUAUCCUAUUGGACGUACACGCACCGGGAUCUUGGGGAUUUAAGUAUUCUCUUUUGUGAAUUCCCGUUUCGAAGGGUACUUCGGUCGAUCGUUCGCAGCAGGCAGGACCCUCUCGGGGCCGGGCAGCGUGGGAUUACCUGUGAGUGGACUUUGUUUUCAAGCAUUUGCAUGGUGAGUACCAUUCCCUGGUUACUAGGCUUCCCACACAUGGCGUUGGCAGUGCCGGUGUGGUGGGAAGGUCAUGAGAUUGCUGGUCCCAUACAUGGCGUUGGCAGUGCCGGACUUGAUAUGAGAUUUGUGAGCUACACGUGGCGUUGGCAGUGCCGGCGUGUGAGCUUUGGAGUUCCGUCCCCCGGUUGGACUACUCAUCCCUGGACGCGGGUUCUGGUUCGAAAAUCCUGCGUACCAGCCAACAAUCCCCCGGUUGGAUUGUCUUCCCCGGUACAUUAG